AUGCCUAGCGCCUCGUUUUCAUCAUCACGAUCCUACGUUCGGCGGUCCCGGCGAAAGGGGAAUCGAAUUCCGCUACCUUCCAGGACUUCCGCACUGUGCGAGCCUCCGGGACAGAACAUUCCAGCGCCCAAUGUCGGAGCAGCACUGUCUUCGAACGGGGCAGGUAGUAGUGGAGGCGGUGGUGGGCCCGCCGUAACAGCUGCGGCACCGCCCGCUCCGGGUGGAACAGCCAGCUCCGUGACAGGCGUUAACACUACGAUCGGUUCCGUCGGCGGAUCGAACAGUAGUUCCUCCUCCAGCAGCAGUAGCAGCAGCAGCAGCAGCAGUAGCAGCAGCAGUUCUAGCAGCGGCAGUAGCGGGUCUUCCACAACGAAUGCUUCUUCCACGAAUGUCACCGCAACGUCAUCCUCACCGCUCGGCUCUUUGGUCGCCUCCUCGUCUGCUUCUUCGGUGGGCGGCUCCUCGUCAACUUUGACCGUUGGAGCUGGAGGUGUGGCGUCGUCCUCGGGGAUGGUCAGCUCUGCUCCCUUGGCGCUUCAUCUGGGCGAUGGAUGUGGUGCCGGUGGCACUUUCAGUAGCUACGGUAAUGCCACCACCACCAAUACCAACGUCAGCAGCAACGAUCCAGCGUCGAUCGCCUCUGCCACGGUGACCGGAUCUUCCUCAACCGUUUCGAUGUCGCUAUCGGCCAUGUCGGCCUCAAUGUACGGCCUCGGAGGCACCGGUGGAUCUUCCACAUCGAUCACGACAGCUUUCGGCUGUUUAGCAGGUAGCUCCUCCACAUCUUCGACCAGCUGCACCACCACCGGGGCAUCGUCCUCCUCGACCGGUGCCGCCGUCUCUUCGGUGACACUGUCGGAGGUGAAACAAUGUUCCAACUCGCCGUACGAUUUGCGCAAAAAGUCUCCACUAACCGCACACGAUUCGGUCACCGGUGCUGGUGCGGGCAGCGGCGGGUGGUUAGGAGGUGGCGGAACAACGCCGACGACCACUACCUCUUCACCGUCGGCGGUAGGAGGAGGGGGUCUUGUGGUGGCCGGAAACUCAUCGGUCGUCUUGGGGUGCUGCACGAACGUGGCCACUUCUUCGUCCUCGUCGUCAUCGGCCUCCUCCUCCUCAUCGUCAACUGUGCCAGCAUCAGUGUCCUCGGGUGGGGCGCUAGGUGGGAUUGGAAUCGGAUGUUCGAGCGGUUCGUCCUCUUCUGGUUCGGGCAGCGGCAUUGGACCACCGGCCGGAGGAAGCGGUGGAGCGAUUAGUGGCACCAGUAGCAGCUUGUUGCAUCCUCAUCACCAUCCGCACCACCAUCACCACAACCACCACCAUCCGUCACACUAUCAGUCGAUAGGGUACGAUCCGAAUGCGGCCGCCUAUAUGCUGCCGGCCCGGAAGCGGCCCCGACGCACCUAUUCCGCCAGUAACGAGAUCGGGGGAGGGCUGGGCGGUGGCGGCGCCUCGAUGGCCGCCGUCACGAUGCAACCUCAGCAACCGUUGCCAGCCACCGGUGCUGCUUCCCCGUCGGCGGGCUUCGGCCGCACAGGGACGGCUGCGUCCGCGGUCGUUUCGCUUACCUCACCCGCCACACCGUCACCGCCGAUGGCGGCUUGCGCCGCGGCAGUGGCCGCCGUAGCCGUUGCCGGCACAAUGUGCAUGCAGUCGGCCGCCCACUACCUGCAGUACGAGAUGCCGGACGAGGUGCUGCUGACGAUCCUCUCCUACCUGUACGAACAGGACCUCUGCCGGGUGGCCCUCGUCUGCAAGCGCUUCCAAACGAUCGCCAACGACAAGGAGCUGUGGAAGCGGCUCUACCAGAGCGUGUACGAGUACGAUCAGCCACUGUUCCAUCCGGAGCCGUGCAAGUUCAGCUUCGUCAAGCCGGACGAAUCGGAGUACGCGAACCCGUGGAAGGAAAGCUUCCGGCAGCUGUACCGCGGCAUCCACGUGCGGCCCGGCUACCAGGACCGGCGCUGUCAGGGGCGUGCGAUCGCGUACUUCAACACGGUGCAGGGUGCGCUGGACUAUGCGGACGAGAAAAGCUCCGCCAGCAACAGCGCCUUGGGGGGAGCCAGCUGUGGCGGGAUCAACGGUGGCAGCGGGAGUGGCAACAAUAAUGUACUGGCCAACAAUAGCAAUAACAGUGGCAGCAACAAUGGCGCCGCUGCUGGUAGCAAUAAUAAUGGCGAUGACAAUGGAACGUCCGCCGCCGGUGGGAUGGGUGGCGGGGCCGGUGUCGGCCCCGGAUCGGCGGAGGUGCUGCUGGGCGGUAGCUUAAUUUUUCUACAUGCCGGCACCUACCGGGGCGAGUUUCUGGUGAUCGAUUCCGAUGUCGCGCUGAUCGGUGCGGCGACGGGCAACGUGGCCGAGUCGAUCAUCCUCGAGCGUGAGUCGGAAUCGACCGUAAUGUUCGUGGAAGGCGCCAAGCAAGCGUACGUGGGCCACAUGACGUUGAAGUUUUCCCCGGACGUCACGUCGACGGUGCCCCACCACAAACACUACUGUCUGGAAGUGAGCGAAAACUGUAGUCCCACGAUCGACCACUGUAUCAUCCGGAGCACAUCGGUCGUUGGGGCAGCCGUUUGCGUUAGUGGCGUCGGAGCGAACCCGCUGAUUAAAUAUUGCGACAUCAGUGACUGCGAGAACGUCGGUUUGUACGUGACGGACUAUGCGCAGGGCACGUACGAGCAUAAUGAGAUCAGUCGCAAUGCGCUGGCCGGCAUCUGGGUAAAGAACUACGCUAGUCCAAUAAUGCGCGAAAAUCACAUCCAUCAUGGGCGCGACGUCGGCAUCUUCACGUUCGACAAUGGCAUGGGUUACUUUGAGAAAAACGAUAUCCACAACAAUCGAAUAGCCGGCUUCGAGGUGAAGGCGGGCGCCAAUCCGACGGUAGUCAAAUGUGAAAUCCAUCACGGGCAAACGGGCGGUAUUUACGUGCACGAAAACGGACUCGGCCAGUUUAUAGAGAACAAAAUCCAUUCCAACAAUUUUGCCGGUGUGUGGAUAACGUCAAACAGCAAUCCGACGAUCAGGAAAAACGAAAUCUACAAUGGCCAUCAAGGCGGCGUGUACAUCUUUGGCGAGGGACGCGGGCUAAUUGAGCACAACAACAUUUACGGCAACGCGCUGGCCGGCAUCCAAAUACGCACAACGAGCGAUCCGAUCGUGCGACACAACAAGAUUCACCAUGGGCAGCACGGGGGCAUCUACGUACACGAGAAGGGCCAGGGAUUGAUCGAGGAAAACGAAGUGUACGCCAACACGCUGGCGGGCGUAUGGAUCACUACCGGCAGCACGCCCGUGCUCCGGCGGAAUCGUAUCCAUUCCGGGAAGCAGGUUGGCGUCUACUUCUACGAUAACGGGCACGGCAAGCUGGAGGACAACGAUAUCUUCAACCAUCUCUACUCGGGUGUUCAGAUACGCACCGGUAGCAAUCCGGUAAUACGGGGUAACAAAAUCUGGGGCGGCCAGAACGGUGGGGUUCUCGUGUACAACGGUGGGCUCGGAUUGCUGGAGCAGAACGAAAUCUUCGACAAUGCGAUGGCGGGCGUGUGGAUCAAGACGGACUCCAAUCCGACGCUGCGCCGGAACAAAAUCUACGACGGCCGGGACGGAGGCAUCUGCAUCUUUAACGGUGGCAAGGGUAUCUUGGAGGAGAAUGACAUCUUUCGGAACACCCAGGCGGGCGUACUCAUCUCGACCCAAAGCCACCCGGUGCUGAAGCGCAACCGGAUCUUCGAUGGGUUGGCGGCGGGCGUCGAGAUCACGAACAAUGCCACUGCCACGCUGGAGUACAAUCAGAUCUUCAACAACAAGUUCGGCGGUCUGUGCUUAGCGAGCGGCGUCCAGCCGAUCGUUGGUGGCAACAAGAUUUUCAACAACCAGGACGAGGUGGAGAAGGCCGUCUCGGGAGGCCAGUGUUUGUACAAAAUCUCGUCGUACACGUCGUUCCCGAUGCAUGACUUUUAUCGCUGCCAUACCUGCAACACCACCGAUCGGAAUGCGAUUUGCGUGAAUUGCAUCAAAACUUGCCACUCGGGCCACGACGUCGAGUUCAUUCGGCAUGAUAGAUUUUUCUGCGAUUGUGGCGCUGGAACGCUCACUAAUCAGUGCCAGCUGCAGGGUGAACCGACGCAGGACACGGACACGCUUUACGAUUCGGCCGCACCGAUGGAAUCGCACACGCUUAUGGUUAACUAGAAGCAGAUUGCUGCGCUCAUCGUACUCUGCUAAACUUCCGUGGCCAUCCCGUUCCAUGUUCCAUACUUCAGUUGCCGUGCAUA